AUGUUCUCGUCACAAAGCCCUGCCCGCCGGACGAUCACGCCCAAGGAUGUGGAGGAUGCGGUGACCCUCCAGGUGCGCUACGUGAAGGCCACGACGCAGGACAAAUCCCGGGUCACGGCCGUACGCAAGAUGCGAUUCGACCGGUCGUGGACCAUCAGGAAGGGCCUCACCAUGAUGGCCACCGAGGGUCGCAUGCCCCACAUGGAGGGCAAGUACCUCUACCAGCCCAACGCCGUCGAUCGCAAGGUCUUCGGCACCUGGCUCCAGCCCGACAAGACCUUUGCCGACUACAACAUCAAAGACAUGGACGAGGUGGAGGUGAAGCACAAGCCGCAGCUGGUGACGUUCGGGGUGUGGUCGUCGCUGACGGACGUGGCCCACUGCCCGUGGCUCCUGCCGCCGGCCUUCUCCGAGACCAAGAUCGACCCGACCGUCAGCGUCGAGCUCGACUUCCGCGAGCCGCUGCGCGACAUCGUGCCCUUCCUGCCCGACCUCUUCGGUGGCGGCGUCAUCAAGCGAGGCGAGGAAUACAUCUUCCAGCACCUCUGGACCGAAGCCGGCCAGUCUCGCCGUAAGUGGCUGAAUGCGGGAGCAUCGCUGGAGGAGCAGGACAUUAUCCCGGGCAGCAUCCUGGUGCUCACUCCCCUGGGACCCUUCCUCAAGAGGCCACUCACUUCGAUCAAGAAUCCGGAGAAGAGCGGAUUCCUCAUGAAGCAAUCGAUCAAGGAGCCCGGCGGCUUCCUGGUCGACGCCAAGACGGCCUUCACCGGCGAGUCGGGCGCGAGCAAGAAGACGGGCACCAAGAAGCGGUGGUUCGUCGUCGAAGACAACCUGCUGUACUACUACGCUUCCAAGACUGCAAGCACGCCCAGCGGAGUGAUACCGCUGGACUACUGUUCCAUCUCCGAGCUCCAAAGCCCGACCGCUGACAAGUAUCAGUUCGAGCUCAUCGGCAACAUCGAGUGCUUCAGCAACAAGGUGGCGCGUUAUCUCAUUUUCGACGACAACGAGGCCCAGGUCCGAGAGUGGAUGAAGAUCGUGCGUUACAAGUGCGCCAAUUGCUCGGACAAGCGCGUGUUCGAGGUGUCGAUUACCAAAACGAUGAAGCACACCAAGGGCGACAUCCCCAACAUCAUCAAGAAGACCGUCAAGUACAUCGAGGAGCGAGGAAUGGACGUGGAGGGUAUCUUCCGUAAGUCGGGCGGCAUGAUCUCGGUGCAGAAGUAUCGCGAUCUGUACGAUAACGGGGAGGACCCCGACCUCAGCGAGUGCGUGGACCCGCACACCGUGUCGGGCCUCCUCAAGCUCUACCUCCGCAGCUUGCCCGAACCCCUCAUCACCUACGACCUCUACGACAAGUUUAAGGAGGCGAGUGAGCUCGGCAAUGCGGUGGAGAGCGCCGCGCGGAUGCGUGCCCUGGUCAACUCGCUGCCGCAGGACAACCAGGUGGUGCUCGAGUACCUCAUCGACUUCAUCGGCCGCGUGGCGCAGCACUCGGCCACCAAUUUCAUGCACAUCCAGAACCUGGCGACCGUGUUCGGACCCAACCUGCUGCGGCCGAAGGACGCGUCGGCCAUCGAGAUGAUGGGCCACACCAGCACCAUCUGCGCCAUCGUCGAGCUUCUCAUCGGCCGGCGAGAGGAAAUCUUUGCGGACGUUAAGUCGGAACGUGCGGCGCGAGUGCGAGCAGCGACGGAGACGCCAGACCACCCCGAGGGACUUCAUGCCGCGUCAGAUCUGACCGAGAGGAAGAUCCGAGACUUCACCAAGGCGGACAACCCGGUGCUGGCCGCCCAGGAGGAGCUCCACGCGCUGGGGCUGCGGCUGGACGAGCUGGGCAAGCGGAUGCACGAUGAGAAGGUCGCGCUCGACCGCCUCGCCGACCUGACUUCUCGGUUCAUGCGGUAG